GUUACUUGUGACAUGACAAUUGACAUGUGUAUUGUGCUAUUUAAUGAGUGGCUUAUGUAAAUAUUUAAUAUUUUAUGACAAAUGACCUCAAAUUUAAUAUAUAUAAGAUAUGUUAAUAAUUUAAGAGUAAUUAUUUAACAAUUACCCAUCUGUGUCAUUCAAGUCGCGUUAUUAACUGUUCUAAUCAUGGUUAGAAGUGGGAGAGAUAGGGACAGAGAUCGAGAUCGUAAACGUUCUCGUAGUCGAUCAGCGACACCAGACCGAAAACGUCGGCGUUCGCCGUCUAGGAAUAGAGAUAGAAGUUCUAAAUCUUCGAAAAGGAAGCGCAGUCGUAGCAGGGACCGAGAUUCAAAGCGAGACCGUAGCAGGGAUCGAGACAGAGACAGGGAUCGCAAAAGUGAUAAGAGAGAUGACAAAAGAAAUGGUUCAAGUAGUAAAUCAAGGAAGAAGUCUCCAGACAGAGAAAAAGAGAGGGAGAGAUCAAAAUCAAAGGAAAAGGCUAUUAAGUCUGAAUCUUCAGAAUAUAAUCCCGGUACAGUUGAUAAGGAAGAAGAGCAAAGUCGCUUAGAAGCGGAAAUGCAAAAGAGACGUGACCGCAUUGAACGGUGGAGAGCAGAACGUAAACGUAAAGAAAUUGAAUCAGCUAAAAAAGAAGUUCAAAAGGGAAGCAUUGUCACUAAUAUACAAGUGCCUGCAGCAAAGAAGUGGUCUUUAGAAGAUGACUCAGGUGAUGAAGGUGAAGAAGGUGAAUCCAAAGAAAAGGCCAUUGUUGAAGAGAAAAAAGAAGAAGAUGAAAUUGACCCCUUAGAUGCCUAUAUGCAGGAAGUGCAACAGGAGGUCCGUAAAGUAAAUCAAAUAGAUCAAGCUCGGGGUAUAAGUGUACCAACUACUGGAGGUACAGGCGUCAUGAUUGUAACUGGUACAGCUAAGAAAAAAGUUUCCGAACAGAAAAAUAAAGGAGAACUUAUUGAACAAAAUCAAGAUGGUCUUGAAUAUUCAUCAGAAGAGGAAACAGAGGAUAUCAAAGAUGCUGCCGCAAACCUUGCAUCUAAGCAAAGAAAGGAACUUGCCAAAGUAGACCAUGCUAGUUUAGAUUAUAUGCCGUUUAGAAAAUCAUUUUAUACUGAGGUAAGCGAAUUAGCUAGAAUGACACCAGAAGAAGUUGAAGCCUAUCGAACAGAAUUAGAAGGGAUUAGAGUUAAAGGCAAAGGUUGUCCUAAACCAAUAAGGACCUGGGCUCAUUGCGGUAUCAGUAAAAAGGAAUUAGAUAUAUUAAAGAAGUUAGGCUUUGAGAAACCAACACCGAUUCAAGCACAGGCCAUCCCUGCUAUUAUGUCUGGCAGAGAUUUAAUUGGAAUCGCUAAGACUGGUUCUGGUAAAACCCUUGCAUUUAUCUUACCAAUGUUCCGGCACGUUCUCGACCAACCGCCUCUGGAAGAUACGGAUGGACCAAUAUCUCUCAUCAUGACGCCCACUAGAGAGCUUUGUAUGCAGAUAGGAAAGGACAUCAAGAAAUUUGCUAAGUCGUUAGGAUUAAGAGUCGUUUGUGUGUAUGGUGGAACUGGGAUUUCGGAACAAAUAGCGGAAUUGAAACGCGGUGCCGAGAUGAUAGUCUGCACACCGGGACGUAUGAUAGACAUGUUAGCGGCCAACUCCGGGCGUGUCACGAAUUUACGAAGAGUUACCUACAUUGUCCUGGAUGAGGCGGACAGGAUGUUCGACAUGGGUUUCGAGCCCCAGGUGAUGAAGAUAAUCGACAAUGUACGUCCGGACCGCCAGACCGUGAUGUUCAGUGCGACAUUCCCGCGACAGAUGGAGGCGCUCGCUCGCAGGAUAUUGCAGAAACCUAUUGAAGUUCAGGUUGGUGGACGCAGUGUCGUAUGCAAAGAGGUAGAACAACACGUAGCUAUUCUAGAAGAGGAAGCGAAAUUCUUCAAGCUUUUGGAACUAUUGGGUCUCUACAGUCAGAUGGGCAGUAUAAUUGUGUUCGUGGAUAAACAAGAAAACGCUGACAGUCUUUUAAAGGAUCUCAUGAAGGCAUCCUAUCCUUGCAUGAGUUUGCACGGUGGUAUUGAUCAAUUCGACAGGGACUCGACAAUCGUUGACUUCAAGUCGGGCAAGGUGAAGUUACUGGUGGCUACCAGCGUCGCAGCCAGGGGAUUGGAUGUAAAGCAACUGGUGCUGGUCGUCAACUAUGACUGCCCCAACCACUAUGAGGAUUAUGUUCAUAGAUGUGGUAGAACGGGUCGUGCGGGUAAUAAGGGCUACGCCUGGACCUUCUUGACCCCAGAGCAAGGUCGGUACGCUGGGGAUGUACUGAGGGCCUUCGAGUUGGCGGGGACCCCUGCGCCGCCCGAGCUGAGGCAGCUGUGGGAGACGUACAAGGAGGCCCAGGAGAAGGAGGGCAAGAAGGUCCAUACUGGAGGAGGUUUUAGUGGGAAAGGUUUCAAAUUCGACGAAUCUGAAGCCCAAGCAGCGACUGAAAGAAAGAAGUACCAGAAAGCGGCUCUCGGUCUUCAAGAUUCAGACGAUGAAGACGUGGAAGGAGACCUCGAUCAGCAGAUCGAAACGAUGCUCGCCGCUAAGAAAAUUGUCAAAGAAAUUAAGCCGGGCGCGGCGGCGGCGCCGGCGGGCGGCGCGGACGGCAAGCUGGAGCUGGCGCGGCGCCUCGCGUCCCGCAUCAACCUGGCCAAGGGGCUGGGCGUGGAGCACAAGGGCGCCACGCAGCAGGCCGCCGAGGCCAUCCUCAAGGGCGCGCCCUCCGCGCACACGCUCAUCACCGCCAAAACAGUUGCGGAACAGCUUGCAGCGAAAUUAAAUACGCGGUUGAACUAUCAACCUCGAGACGAAAGCACAUCGGAGCCGGCUGAAGAGGUGUUCCGUAAAUACGAGACGGAAUUGGAGAUCAACGACUUCCCUCAGCAAGCGCGUUGGCGAGUUACUAGCAAGGAGGCGUUAGCGUUAAUCAGUGAAUAUUCAGAAGCGGGUAUAACAGUAAGAGGUACAUACGUACCACCUGGCAAAGCUCCACCAGAAGGCGAGAGGAAGCUCUACCUGGCCAUCGAAAGUUCGCAGGAGUUAGCUGUUGCCAAAGCGAAGUCAGAAAUAACGCGUCUCAUAAAGGAAGAACUCCUCAAACUCCAGACGUCUGCCCAUCAUAUGAUUAACAAAGCUAGAUAUAAGGUCCUGUAAUGGAUUUUUAUGCUAAUAUAGUUUGACGUAUCUUUCUAAA